UUCCUCGCGUUCGCCUAGGGGUGUUGUUGGGACGCAAUGCCUGAGCCAGCGAAGUCCGCUCCCGCCCCGAAGAAGGGCUCGAAGAAGGCGGUGACCAAGGCGCAGAAGAAGGACGGCAAGAAGCGCAAGCGCAGCCGCAAGGAGAGCUACUCGGUGUACGUGUACAAGGUGCUGAAGCAGGUGCACCCCGACACCGGCAUCUCGUCCAAGGCCAUGGGCAUCAUGAACUCGUUCGUCAACGACAUCUUCGAGCGCAUCGCGGGCGAGGCGUCGCGCCUGGCGCAUUACAACAAGCGCUCGACCAUCACGUCCCGGGAGAUCCAGACGGCCGUGCGCCUGCUGCUGCCCGGGGAGCUGGCCAAGCACGCCGUGUCCGAGGGCACCAAGGCCGUCACCAAGUACACCAGCUCCAAGUAAAUUUGUUCACCGUCACAGCACCAACGAUUUCAGGCUCUUUUAAGAGCCGCCCAUAUUCUCAUUUAAAGAGCUGUAAUCUCCCCAACUUCUGGAAACUGCAACUUGUUUUCAUCACGUUUAAUUUGCUGAGUAUUGGUAAACUGAAUUUGGGAACAAAGGUUAACUUCUGGUGUGUGCGGACCAUCAAGAAGCAAAUGUGUAAGUAACUUGAUUAUGGUGCAUUUGGCUUGGCUUCUCCCGACAACUGCUGGAGGUAUUGGACCUAGGGUUGCCCCCACCUCGAGAGGUUUUUGUUUUUGUUUUUUACCGCUUUUGGCUUCAUUUUGUCCUCCGUUACCUUUGGGGGAAUUCCCUUCAGGAAAACCUGGAGUCCUAGUUUUGAGUGGCCCUAAGUGAAAACAAGUGUUAACCAUUCUUGAGGAAAAUGAAACCACUUUUUUGUAAUUUCUUGUUGGCUUGUGAGUGGCUACAGCGGCACCUAAUGGCGGGAUGUGCCCUCUGCAGCUUGACUUUCUAGACUCUUAGCGGAUCUGCUAGUCCUCAAAUCCACAUCCUCCCGAUUCCACGUAGCUAAACAUUGCCUCUUGGAAAAGAUCAGGAACUCUAUCCACUGGGGUUUUCUACCCGGCUUAAUAUACGAGGGUGAAAGAGACGCUACCUAAAACUGGUAACAGGAGGUGGGGGGAGUCCCAGAGUUCUUCCGAAGCCUCCCUGUGUCCUGGAUAGCCUUGUCCCCAGUUACUUCUUCAUUCCCUAGGAUUUUAGUUCAAGGAAGAGGAGUUCAAAGGAAUUUACAUUUCUGUGCUUGUCCUUCGCCUGAUUUCAGCCUACAAUCACCCGUGAAACGGAAUCUUCCAUUGUACAAGCGAAUGUCCUGAGAAUUGAGAUUCAGCAGCCCUUUACAUCAAUAAAUACUAUAUGGAAUAUAUAUCACGGAUAUGGAAGGUAAGAAUCACCUGGUAGCAAAUUUAACUUUUCUGGCGCUGUGGUGCAGAGGGGGAAAGCAUGAGCAUUGGUGGUGUAAAACUGAGCUCAAAAAUCUCAUUUUCCACUUACUAGCUACACGUCUUUAUCUACAAAUGCCUACAUGGUAAAUUUCCGUGAGCAUUAAAUAAGAGGCUCCGUUUCGUAAUGGGGCUUGUGAAGGUUCUCUCGGCCCCACAUGCAAUUAAGGCAUUCAGUUCUGGCUCUCCAAAGCUAAUUUUAAGUACAUUUAGAAAAUAACAUAUUCAUGAAAAGAAAUACACAAGCAGAAAUGGACACCAUAAAGGGUGUCCAAAGAUACAGUCCUGGCAGCCUGUUUCAAGGCUACAUUUGAGCAAACUUCUUAAACCUUCUGUGAGCAUUUCCUUGCCUCUAAAAUGGGAAUAAUAAUUAGUACCUACUGCAUGGCAUUGCUGAUGAUCAAUAAAAGAUCACAGUAAGGGCGCUAGGACAGUCCCUGCAGAGGGGAAAGUCAUCCAAGAUAGCAGCCAUGGCUAAAGCCUCUGAUUGAAGGGGUAGGAAAGGUGCCCAUGUUAGUAUCUGAGUCCUGAGGCCUUGAACAAGGCAGAAGACCACAAAAGUAUAAAGGCAUGGGACACCAGGUAGGGUUCUUUGUCAAUCUAAACCCCUUCUAGUAGUCUGAACCCCUCCUUGGAAUCAUCUCUCCACCCUGAACUCUUUUAAGGACAACCUAGUGCCUGUGGCUGUGAGACUUCCCCACCUCUGCCUGCCAGUUCAAGGAACACGUGCCUAAUUUUCCAGGGACUUCCUCUUGCCUCGCCUGAGCCAGCGGCACCUCAUUUAACAGUAAGGUGUGCGUUGGAGUAUGAGGAAGGGACGCUGGAAACACACAAGAGCCGUUAGUAACUUUUUUUCCCUUUUUUGUUCCCAUGCCUCCUGUUCUCUUUGCCUAACCUCGCUGUGGUGUCCGGCCAGAACGAAGAAUCAUCUUCAGAAAACCAGCUGGCACUCUUAAAGUUAGAAGAGAAUCACGACAUUGCUGCCUGUGGUCCUUCCCAGACGAGGGAAAGCCAGGGCCGCCCUACAGACGGCUGUGCUGUUGCCAACAACUUCAAAGACAAUCAAUCUCAUUUCAAAAAAGAACGAUCCUCGAAGGAAAUACAGAUAACCGCAAAAUGAGAAAUCUUUAUACCAAAUAAAUGUGGUCCUUUCUACCAAAUAAAUUUAAUUAACUUUUAAUAUUAAGGAAAACUUACUAUGCUGACCUUACGUUUCUCAUUUUGACACAGAAUACAGAGAAAAGUGGCCGGGACUAACACUAUUCUUAGAUGAGCAUCUGGGAACCACUGAUUUGUUCAAGUCCCUUCAUUUCAGAAUUUUAAAAAAUGUCUCUGAAUCAGCUCAGCUAAUCAGAGAAGGGGCCCGGGUUAAAACAGAUUUCUUGACUAUUUCCCCUAAAAUUAUACCUACUUCUCACUUCCACAUGUUUGAAGACUUAUAUUCUAUUAUUAUAAGUAAUCCACACACAUAUUAAUAUCAUUAGCAGAAUAUUAUGAAGUAAUCCACACAAUGAAAAUUCUACUUGAUCUUUCAUAUUCCAGCAAAGCAUCCCGUAAUUUUUUUAAGGCAGUCAACAAAGCAACUGUCAACCAAUAGACAGAUGAAUUGUGACAUAAUCAGGCAUGAUCACACGCUCUAACAUUGCUACGAAAGCAAACGAGCUUUAGCCACACGUGACAACGUGGCAACUCAGAAUAAAGCAAUUCCCAGAAACCAGAUGUGAUCUAAUACUGUGUCAAUCCAUUUAGGCUAAUUGUGCCGUGAUAAACAAUCCCCAGAUCCCGGUGACUUACUACAAUAAAGGUUCUUGUUUUGCUCAUG